UAAACAUCGCCGCUCCAGUGACCGUCUCACAUUGCCGAACCAGCGGAGGGCAGCGGAGGAAAGAGAGGAAAGAGCGGAGAACGGCCUUUGUAUAACCAGCCUUGCUGCAGGUGGCCCCCCGUCAAUCUGGCAUACUUGCGAACUUAUCCAGUCAUGACUUCUACAGCAACGUCCCGUUUCUCGUUGGUGGAAGGCAGGGGACGUCCACGGAGCAGUACGUGGACAGCCGGCAUGGCCAAGCGUCUCUCCACCCUUUCCCUCCCGCUCACCCGCAAAUCCUCAACCCAAACCUUCGCCCUCCCCACCGGCACAACCACCCUGCACGCCAACCAACUCACCCCGAUAUCCCCAACUCUCAUAACCCACUUCGCCCACCAAAUCCCCUCCUUCGACGCCCAAGUCGCGGCAGUCGAAGCCGACAUCUUCGUCCUCGAAACCAAACUCCGCUGCGCCUCAGGCAUGGACGCGCCCGGGCUCCGCGGCCAGAUCCAGUUUGCGCGGCAGCAGUGGGAUAUUGCAAAAUUGAUUGCUGCGACGGUGCGGGCUGUCGGAGGUGCGGACGCGGGUGGAGAGUAUGUGGGAGAGGGCAAGGUGGAUUGGGAGAUGUUGGGCAUGGAUUCUGGGGGAAGGAGGAAGCCGUUGGAGUUACCGGUGGGCGUGGCGGGGUUGAAUGUGGUUGUGAGGGAUCGGGCGAGGGAUGGGUUGGUGACUGUGAGGUGGGAGUUGGUUUUGCAGCAGGAUGUAGGGGUGAGGACGACGCAUUUGGUGAGGGAUUGUGAUACGAUUUUCAAUUUGGGGUAAAGGAUUGUUGACGGCAGUUGAAGGCGUAACUACACGGCGU